GGUGAAUGUACCUUGAACGCACCUUGGUUGGUCACUGGAGUUACUAUAGAAACGGAGCAAAGCGCGCUGAUGGCUAACGCUAGCUAAAACAGUAUCAGCACUUUAGAUGUAAACUUUGUUCAUUUGUAGAACAUGGAGGACCGCUACGCCUUUCUUACUGAGUGGUACGACCCGACUGCAGCUCUCCUGCGGCGCUACCAACUCUUCUACUACCCACAAGACCGCUCAGUGGAAAUGUUUGAUGUAAAAAACCAGCGAAUAUUUCUGCGAAAGACCAAAUAUGAGGAGCUCAAUCAAGAAGAUCUGUUCGUUGGGAAUCGAGUGAACGUGUUCUCACGGCAGCUGAAUCUGAUUGAUUACGCAGAUCAGUACACAGCCAACAAACUGGGCAGCAAAAAAGAAAGAACUCUUGCUUUGAUAAAGCCAGAUGUUGUCACCAAGAUCGGAGACGUCCUUGAUUUGAUUUACUCGUCCAACCUGAUCGUGACCAAAGCCAAAAUGACAACGCUUACAUGGAAGCAAGCGGCAGACUUUUAUGUGGAACAUCAGUCAAAGCCUUUCUUCAAUAACCUGGUGCAGUUUGUGUCCUCGGGCCCCGUGGUUGCCAUGGAGCUGAUGGGUGAUGAGGCCAUGUCUAUCUGGAGGAGGCUCCUGGGACCCGCCGAGUCUGCUGCGGCGCGGAAGGAGGCGCCGCAGAGCGUCCGUGCCCAGUUUGGAACAGAUGGCAUCAAAAAUGUUGGUCAUGGCUCUGACUCACUUGCUGCAGCAGCCAGAGAGCUUGAAUUCUUUUUCCCAUCCACAAUUGGCCAUGGUCCCCCGAAUACAGCCAUCUACACAGACUGCACAUGCUGCAUCAUCAAACCUCAUGCCUUAUCAGAAGGUCUGACCGGGAAGAUCCUGAACUCCAUAUCUGCAGCUGGAUUUGAAAUCUCAGCCCUUCAGAUGUUCAACGUGGACCGGGCAAAUGCAGAAGAGUUCUAUGAAGUUUACAAAGGGGUUGUCACCGAGUAUCCUAGUAUGGUGACCGAGCUGUGCUCCGGACCCUGCAUGGUCCUGGAGAUCCACGGCACCGACGCACCGCAGUCAUUCAGGGAAUUCUGUGGACCCGCCGAUCCAGAAAUUUCACGACACCUCCGUCCGGCCACGCUGCGUGCUCUUUACGGAAAAGACAAAGUGAAAAACGGCGUCCACUGUACGGACCUCCCUGAAGACGGCCCUCUGGAGGUGCAGUAUUUCUUCAAGAUUUUGGACGCGUGACGGCAACAAGAAAACAUGUAACUACACAUUCAGACUUGACAGUUGUCUCAUUUUUCUGUUUAUUGUUUCAGCCUUAUGCAGAUUAAAUAAAGUGACAAGAGCAGACUCCUGACAAGUGUUUGUGAUCUUCAACAUUGAAUUAAGUAUUUUUCACACCAACUAAACAUCUUAUUACAACGGGAUACUGCAUUGCCUCUGAUAUUCUCUAACUUUUUUUGACCAGCGACUUUGGUUUUGGAUUCAUACAUU